CAUAUCUCUUCUUCAGGCUCUCUGUACAUUGUCCGCGUUGGAGGAAGCUUCGUGGUCAUAUAGUUGGCGAGCGACGAUCCAGUAGACUUGAAAGCAAUUCUCCACUUCUUACUGGCUGGCUGAGUAUUUUUCCAAAGCCUAAAAAGGUCAAAACUAGAAGGGAUUUAUCUACCACCAAGCACAUGCCACGAUGACCACCCCAAAACCCACCAUCAUCCUGGUCCACGGCGCCUGGCACUCGCCAGAGCAUUUCCAGCCGCUGGAGGAAGCUCUCCGUUCUCACGGCUAUAGGACCGUCUCGCCGUGGCUACCAAGCAUGCACUACGAGCGAUUGAACGCGCCGCCCGUGUCAGGCAUCGACGACGACGUCUCUGCGAUCCGCGGGGCCAUCGUCUCGGAGCUCGCCUCCAGCCCGGCCGUCGACGUGGUGCUGGUCUCGCACUCGUACGGCACGGUCCCCGCAGGUGCGGCGAUCAAGGACCUCGACAAGUCCUCGCGUGCGUGGGCAGGCCACCGCAAUGGCGUCACCGCGCUGCUAAUCAUCUCCGGCCUCCUCGCGCCUCCGGGGAUCUCGCUGCUCGACUGGAACGGCGGCCAGGUCCCGCCGACGAUGGCCAUCUCAACCAUAACCUCCCCAGUCGACCCGACGAGGGAGGUCAAAGUCUGCGCUCCCGUCUCCGAACCCGGUCCCAUCGCUCUGUUCUACCACGACCUGGCCGAGAGCGAUGCCCAGGCCGCCCAGCGGUACGCUUCUCUCUGCACGCCGCAGGUCUGGGCCGUCCAUAAGACACCGGUGCCGUUUGCGCCGUGGAAACCCGGGCCGAAGUCUGAUCCGGGCUUGGACUUGUUCUACCUGGUGUGUGAGGAGGACAGAGGGCUCCCGGCGGCAUUCCAAAGGACCAUGAUCGAGGGGACGGACAGGGACAUUGCGGCGGCGCACCAGGCCGGAAGCGCACGAGAGGAUGAGGCGAGGAAGAUCCAUGUGACCAGCAUCAACAGCGGACAUUUUCCGUUCCUGAGCCGCGUGGACGAAACUACUCAGUGGGUCAGGAGGUGUUGUGGCGAGGAAGAAGUAUGAAGAGCUUAUAGCCCGGUGAUACCAAUGUCUUGCAUUGGCGGCAGGUCGUGUCCCAGGAUAUCUGUGGAAACAAUCCAACCUUGCAGCGUCGCUCAAACGCGUUAACAUAUCCCUCGUAGUGGCUAGCGGCAAUCAGCAACGACUACUGCUUCA